AAUUCAUCACUCUACUGUCAAUUCUCUAAAUAUAAUAACCUUUUUCACUAUAAAUGUUUUAUAGCAACCUCGGAUGUGCCCUUGCGUCCACCACACUGUGGUUUCAGCAACGUAACGCAUACCAGGGUGGUUGGUGGUAGACCAGCUAAACUUGGUGCUUGGCCAUGGAUCGCUGCAGUAGGAUUCCGUAAUUGCUCAAACCCGCAUUGGGUAACACAAUGGCUGUGCGCAGGUACCCUAAUAUCGGCUAGGCAUGUUUUGACUGCAGCACAUUGUGCAGAUAACGAUGAUUUGUACGUGGUUCGUAUCGGGGACUUAAAUCUAAAACGAGAUGACGACGGAGCGCAUCCUGUUCAAAUAGAAGUCGAAUCUAAACUAAUACAUCCCGAUUAUUCUGCCGAGUCGAACAAUAAUGAUAUUGCUAUUCUUAAACUGAAGGACAAUGUUCCAUUUUCGGAGUACAUACAUCCCAUUUGUCUCCCCAUAGAGAAAUCUCUUCGAAAUAAAAACUUCGUGGGCUAUAAUCCCUUCAUUGCUGGAUGGGGAGCAUUAAAAUUUAGUGAAUCAUAUACUAACGCAUUAAUGGAACUGCAACUGCCAGUGGUUACCAACGCCGUAUGCGAGAAAGCUUAUGAGGAUUUUGACAUAACUAUCACCAAUAAAGAAAUAUGCGCCGGCGGAGACCCUCGAGGUGGAAAGGAUGCUUGUGGAGCUGACAGCGGAGGACCACUGAUGAUACCACAGCAAUUCACCUACUAUCAAAUAGGUGUUGUGUCAUCUGGUCAUAAAUGCGGCGUACCUGGUUAUCCGGGCAUUUACAUGAGAGUUACGUCGUACCUCGACGACUUCGUUAUCCCAGUGUUACAAAAUUAUUAGUAUCCCAUAAAUAUCAUUCUUCGUGCACGAAAAAUAAAGUUGGAAUGUAUUAUUGUGGAGA